UCCCCUAUUUUUUUCCCCAUUAUUUUAUUUUACCAGCUCCAAUUUAACCCAGGAUCUUUUAACUGCUGCCAGCGGUGGAGCACAGAUCGGGAAUAGAUAUUUUCCUCCCCUGUUCCCAAGAUCCUCCUCCUGAGCGGUCACCAUGGGAAGUAAAACCCUUCCAGCCCCCGUGCCUAUCCAUCCUUCCCUCCAGCUUACCAACUACUCCUUCCUGCAAGCAUUCAAUGGGCUGCCCGCUGUGCCCUCCGACCACCUCUCCAACCUCUACGGCUUCAGUGCCCUGCACGCUGUGCACCUGCACCAGUGGACUCUGGGGUACCCAGCCAUGCACCUGCCCCGCUCCUCCUUCUCCAAAGUGCCCAGUGUCUCAAGCCUGGUGGAUGCACGAUUCCAGCUGCCAACCUUCCCACUCUUUCCACAUGUCAUCCAGCCCAAGCAAGAGGCUACCAAUGUGACCCUCAAAGCCAAACCCCGCUUUGACUUUGCCAACUUAGCAGUGGCUGCCACACAAGAGGACCACUCUAAACUGGGACAGGCAGACAGUCAGGGCUCACCUGCAGGGCUGGGGUCUUUGCUUGAGGUGACUAAACUCUCUCCAGAGAAGAAACCCACGCGGGGAAGGUUACCGUCCAAAACCAAGAAGGAGUUUGUGUGUAAAUUCUGUGGCAGACACUUCACCAAGUCCUACAACCUUUUGAUCCAUGAAAGAACCCACACAGAUGAACGACCCUACACAUGUGACAUUUGUCACAAGGCCUUCCGAAGACAGGAUCACCUGAGGGAUCACAGAUAUAUCCAUUCUAAAGAAAAGCCUUUUAAGUGUCAAGAAUGUGGGAAAGGAUUUUGCCAGUCCAGAACACUAGCGGUCCACAAGACACUGCACACGCAAGUAAAGGAACUGAAACCUGCCAAACUUAAGUGUUGAAUAUCCAACUUCUAUGAACUUUUCUUCCCCUUCAGACUUUACACCAAAACCAGAGCAGAAACAAAACUUUCAGGAUGGAAGCACUGGACUUUGUGCUUUGUUGUUGUUUGUACUUUAAAAAGGGCAAAAUCCGCACCCCUGCAAUCCCCCAUCCAAGCAAUUAACUUCCUAAGUCGUGGGUAAAAAGAUUAUUUUGAAUUUAAAAUAUACAUGAAUGAUACAGAGAGUGCUAGCUGACUUAUGUGGCUUUGAUAAACUUUAUGCCAAAAGGUGGUGCUCAUGUGUUGGACAGGAAUCUCUCUCAAGCCAAACGAAACCCCACAAGACACCUCUUCCUAAUCCCCCUCCCCCAAAAAAACCCCAAAAUCAUAGCUUCCAAAAGUAUUACUUAAAAAAAUCCAACCUCUUAUUUUAUACUUUUUUUUUGACUGUAUAAAGCUUCUUAUUUUUACACUUCAGGAAAUACAGAGAAUUCCAGAAGAAAAUUAAGAACUGAAAUGGUGGUUUCUCGUCACAGCACCAUUAGGACAAGGAGAAGGGCAACUUGCAAAUCUCUUUUGCUGGUUUGUUUUCAGAAAAGAAGGAAGAUUAAUGUUUGGAAAUGACCUAAUUCUCUCAAGUGGGGAAUCCUAUCGUGCAGUAGAAAAUGCAGACCCACAGGUCCCUGGUGUUCGUGACAGAUCAAUGUUGAUGGGAUAUGGAGACCUUUUCAAUUACUUUGUGGUCUAGUGCGCUGUGAGGAAGUUUGUAACUUGUGGACUUAUUUAAAAAAAAAAAAACAGAAGAAAGAAGGAAAGAUGGCAGUACAUCAGACUGACGGUAUGCACAACGUGGUUUUAGUGGUACUUUAAAGUCUUCGUGUGUCCUGGUGUGAGAGAACAAAUCUCAACUUGAGAGCAUAUUUUUUUAAAUGCUGGCUUUCUGAACAGUGUAUUCAAAUUAAGAGACAUUCCAAUAAGUUUUGUUUAUUAAAGAAAAAAAAAGUUGUAUGGCUGUUUGGCACUUUAUGCUGAUUAUUGGUAAUUGACAUUUAUCACUGGAUUGUGUGUGGUUUUUAAGUAUUAAAAUAAAUUGUUAUUUUACAGGCAAA